AUGAUUUUUCUUAUAGUAAUAUUGGUUUAGUAGAUAUUUGGUUUCUCAGAAUUGAUUUAUUCGUUUGAUGCUUCAAUUGAUGGACUUCAAGGUAAUUAUUUAUUAAAUAUUAUUAGGAUGGGUGGGUAAGUCUUAUAUAUUUAAUGAGCACAAUGUAAAAUUGUAUGGAGGCAACUCUCCUACAAUUAGGAGAAUAUUUCUAAAUCUGAACCCUCACUAUCAAAUAAAAAUAGAAAUGGAAUUUUGGUUGUAUGAGAAUUUUUAAAUUAUUUAGAACUAACAAUUAGAGUUCUGGAAGUUUAUAAAUGUAAAUCGAUGAUUUAUUGAUUUUGAAUAAAUUGUAUAAUAAUGCAACAUUGGUAGAUGUAAAUGGUCCUACGCAUUUUGAUUAAUAUUACGAUGUUAUUACUAUUGUAUAACCAUAAAAAAGAAGAACUGCUUUUCUACAAAUUGUGAUUACAGAAUUGGUAGUUUAAAUAUUAUUAUUUGAGAUUUAAUGUGGUAUAAGAACUUUAAAAUUUUAUAUUGAAAGAUGUCCCCUAGAAUGUGAAGUUUGCGAUAAUUUUGAUUAUUUAGAUUGUUAUAAGUGGAAACUUUAUAAACUAGCUUUUAAUCAAUAUUAAUUUUAAAAUCUAUAAGGAUGGUCAACUAAAAUAGAAAGGACUUUUUAAACGAUUAAUUUUUGUGCUUAAUGUCAUUUUCUUAAUUAAGAAGGGGUUAAUUUUAAUGGAGUGUUACCAUCUCAUAAAGGCAUAAUAUUAAGAUUUUUUCGAUUAGGUACUCUAAUUUCUUAAACAAUAAAUAUAAAUGGCUAUAUAAACACUAUAGCAUAAUCAACACAAUCAUCCCUUAUUGAAUUAAUAAUUAAGAAUCACUAUGAAGUAAAUCUGUUUAUAUCUAUUUAAACUGCUUCAAUAAGAGACUUUGAAUUCUAUUAUUAAUUAGAAGAUUAAUACUCUAUUCCAUUAAUGCUUAAUUGCCAUUAAUAUAUAAAUAGUAUUUGUGUAAAUUGUUUAGAUGGAUGGGAAUUAAAUGAAUUUCAAAAUUUGUGUAAUCCAUAUUGUGGUAAUCAAAUUAUCCAAGAUCUUGAAUAAUGUGAUGAUGGUAAUGAGAUCCCAAAUGAUGGAUGCUUUUAAUGCUAAUUUUAAUGUGAUAUUCAUUGUGCAAUUUGCUAUUUUGGAAUUUGUUAAAAAUGUGAAAUUGGAUAUCUUAUUGCAAAUGAUUAGAAUAUAUUCCCUUAAUGUUUACUUGAAAUUAUUGAUUCUGAUGAAAUAUGCAUUAAUCAUUGUAUUGUUUGUUAUAAAAAUUAAUGCUAGGAAUGUGAAGAAGGUUUUACACUUAAUAAUGGAGAUUGUAAAUCAAUAUGUGGGGAUGGUAUAAUUAUUUCAGAAUAUGAAUAAUGUGAUGAUGGUAAUUAAAUAGAAUUUGAUGGUUGCUAUCAAUGUAAAUAUUCUUGCCCAUUAUUAUGUUCUAAUUGUUUUUAAGGAAUUUGCAUACAACAAAACUAAGAGGAAGAUUAAAACUUAAUUUCUUCUAUUAAUCAUUAUUGUGGAGAUGGUUUAGUUUAAGAUUAAGAAGAAUGUGAUGAUUAAAAUCUUAAUCCUUAUGACGGUUGUUAUAAUUGUAAGAUUCAAAUUAAUUGGAUAUGUUCUUAAAUUAAUAUCUAUUCCCUCAGUGAAUGUGCAUAUAGAAAAAUCCCUCUCUUAUCUGUUAGUUAUUUGAAUAUGAAAAUGAAUAAACAAUAUAUUCGAGUAGAGUAUUCAAAAACUGUUCCAUCCAAAGACUUAGUUUCCAUCUCAAAAAUUAUCCAAAUUAAAAUUUUAGAUCUCAAUUCAAAAUCUUAUUAUUUAAAUCUUAUCCCUAUUUUAGAGGUUGGUUAAGACUUUUAAAAUUUAAAAUACUUAAUAGAAAUUGAAAUAUUCUAAUUACUUGAUUUUAGACCAAUACUUGCUAUCAAUUUUAAUCAAAUAAGUAAAAAAUAUACGAGGAGAACUAUAGAAUUCCCAAAUGAAGAAGAUGAUAAUAAUGCUCCUUUGAAUAAUCAUUUAAACUUAACACUUUAAUAUCCAUCCUAUUUAAAUUCAUAAUAAAUUAACAAUUCUAAUUUGAUUACUAAUAUUAAUGGCUACAUUAUUUAAUUUUUAGGAGCUAUUACUGGCAUUUAGCUUUUAUUUGGAAAAUCAAAUUAAUUUUUAUUAAUUCUUAAUAUUCUCUCUUAUUAACAAUACUUAAGGUACAUUAAUUUAUAAUUUCCAUAAAAUUUAAUGAUAUAUUUUGAUUUGUACGAUUUAAUAAACAUAGAACCAAUUCUAAAUUUGCUGCAUUUUCAUUAUUUUGCAAACAAAAUAUUUAUUUAUUCUAUAAAAUCUUCUAUUGGAAAAUUUGA